CCGUGUUGUCUGUCUGUGAACACAGUCGGGCAGCAGUCGUCGCCACUGUGCGUCGCUGAAAAUGUUGCAACAGCAGCCUCUGACGGGCAAUGGGCCCUCAAACGGCCGGGGACUCGGCAUGAGUGGCCACCCCGGGAUGCAUGCGCUCAACUCGGUUCAUCAACCCUCCCAGCACCGGUCUGACGGAGGGGACUCGGGCCUCGAGGGCACAGAAAACGGACAUGAAACCCGCAGAGAUAUUGGUGACAUACUGCAACAAAUAAUGACCAUCACCGACCAAAGUUUGGACGAGGCACAGGCAAAGAAACAUGCGCUAAACUGUCACCGAAUGAAACCUGCUUUAUUCAGCGUCCUCUGCGAGAUUAAAGAGAAAACAGGCUUGUCAAUGAGGAACACCCAGGAGGAUGAGCCUCAGGAUCCUCAGCUGGUGCGAUUGGACAACAUGCUGCUGGCGGAGGGCGUGGCGGGCCCGGAGAAAGGCGGCGGGGCUGCCGCUGCUGUGUCUGCUGCCACCAGCUCAGGAGGGAUGUCACCUGACAGCUCACUCGAGCACUCCGACUACAAAAGCAAGUUGAGCCAGAUUCGCAGUAUCUACCACACUGAGCUGGAGAAGUAUGAGCAGGCAUGCACUGAGUUUACUACUCAUGUGAUGAACCUGCUGCGGGAGCAGUCGCGUACCCGGCCUGUUACCCCACGGGAGAUCGAGCGUAUGGUGGCCAUCAUUCACCGCAAGUUCAGCUCCAUCCAGACCCAGCUGAAACAGAGCACUUGUGAGGCGGUCAUGAUCCUGAGGUCACGCUUCCUUGAUGCCAGGCGCAAGAGGCGCAAUUUCAGCAAACAGGCCACAGAGGUCCUGAAUGAGUAUUUCUACUCCCACCUGUCCAACCCUUACCCCAGUGAAGAAGCCAAAGAGGAACUUGCCAAACAAUGUGGAAUCACCGUCUCUCAGGUCUCCAACUGGUUUGGCAACAAGAGAAUCCGCUACAAGAAAAACAUUGGCAAGUUCCAAGAGGAGGCCAACCUUUACGCCAUGAAGACAGCCUUGGGGGCCAGACAGGGCGAUGAUUCUCCGCACACUCCCAACUCUACAGGAUCUGGGUCCUUCUCCCUGUCUGGAUCAGCUGACCUCUUCCUCGGAGUUCCACCUGUGAACGGCGAGCAGUCGGCUUACCAAAUGGGCAUGCAGGCUAACGGGAACUGGCAAGGUCGUAACUCGCCCCGGUCCGGCAACUCACCCCACAGCGACCAAUCGGACAACUCUGACUGAUGGCCCCGCCCCUCUGGCCCAUGACAACGAUGGAAAGUUAGUUGAUGGAAAAGAAGACAGAAAAGAAUGAUUUCACACUUCCCACAACCCACAGUUUUUUUUUUUUUUUUUUGUUUUUUUUUGUACGUUGUUUGUUUGGUUUUAUUUUUUUAAAUGUUCGUCUUUUUUUUUUUUUUUUUUUUUUUCUUACUGCUCAGCAUUGGUCAUUAUUAUGUUCAUAUGAUUCGCUGAGUGCACAGAUGGUAGAGUGAAAUGUGUGUUUGUGUGUGUGUUGUGUGCAUGCAGGUGUGGUUUUCUUAUCGGGUCGUAGGGGUUUGUUUUCCACUACUUUUUGACAUGUUACUGAGGUGUGUUUGUCGAUGGGAAGGAGAAGGGAGGGGGGUGCAUUAUCAUGGUUUUUAGCACACUAUAUUAUUAUUAUUAUUAUUAAUAUUAUUGCUGUUUUAUUAUUAGUGCUACAACUAUUUUCAUUUUAACAGCUCAGAUAGAGAGAAUGCAUUUAUGAGAGAAUGAGAGGGCAAUAGAGAAAAAUCCAAAGAUUUUGUGUGUUUGUUUCUCUGUUUUGUUUGUUUUUUAUUUUCUACCGGGCUUCUGUGUCCCUGUAAAAAUGAAUGAGGCGUGUCUGAGUCCACAUUAAUGGUUUGAAUGAGUAUAUCAACAGUGCUGUCUUUUUCUGUACAGUGAAACACCUGUAUUCUCUCUACCUCUUUUACAAUAAAGACUCUCUGUAUUCACUA